AUGGCUUCCGUCUCCAGGAGGCGCCCCACGGCCUCCCCCAAGCUGAGCUGGCGGCAGGAUCAGGCGCUGGGCAGCACCAUGCGCAUCGUGCGGGAAUUGGGGCCCACCGCUUUCGUGCUGCAGCAGGAGGAGGAGGAGGAGGAGGAAGAAAAGCAGCUCAGGGUUUUCCUGGGGAACCCUCAUUCGUGCAGCUGCUCAACGUUUGGGAAAGAGAAGGACCUUUGCAAACAUAUCUGCUGGUUAUUGCUGAAAAAAUUCCAGCUUCCAAGAGACCAUGAAUAUGCUCUAAAGUUGGGUCUUGCAGAAAGAGAAAUUAACUACGUGCUUCAGGGUCCUCAAGUCACUGUCCAACCCAAAGUAACUAUUAACUGUACGAAGGAGAUGCAGACGGCUGGUGAUGGGUCCAUUAAACAAAAAGAAAUUGAGAACGAGGACGUAUGCCCAGUUUGCCAGGAUGUGCUAUUUAGGAAAAUGCUUCCUGUCACUUAUUGCAGGUUUGGUUGUGGCAACAACAUACACAUUGCAUGUAUGAAGAUCUGGGCUGAUCAUCAGGAAGGACUUGGGAGAGACUCCUUGGUGAAGUGUCCCUUGUGUAGGGAAGAUUUUGCUCCCCUGAAGCUCAUUUUGGAAGAAUUCCAAAACAGCAAAAGACUGGUGACCGCAGCAGAGAGACAGCGUCUUGGCAGGCAUCUCGGAAUCCCUUGCAAUAAUUGCAGAAUAUGCCCCAUUGAGGGAAAUUGCUACAAGUGUACAGAAUGUCCCGAAUAUCACCUCUGUCAUAUUUGUUUUAGAAGCUAUUGCCAUCCCUCGCAUUCUUUUGUGUUCCGAGAGAAAAGAAACCAGAAAUGGAGGUCAGUCGAUCAGCUACUACAACCAUCAGCUCCCGAAGAAAAUCCGAAGUGCCUUAGUUCAGGAGAGGGUUGUCAUGAAGAAAAAGGCAAAGAGAAGUUCAGCUGCGUACCAGCACAUGUAAUAAACUCGUUACCUACUGCACUGGUUAGAAAAUGUAGCAGUUUACUGGAUCCAGGUGUGCAGUGUAGACUCUGUCUGAAGAUCUUCUGCCUUGGUCAAGUUGCAAAGUUCCUGCCAUGUAAUCAUAAGUUUCACAGGAAAUGCAUCGACCACUGGUUGCGGCAAGAAAAUGGGUGUCCUAUAGACGGACACGUCGUGUAUAAUCCAUUAACCUGGGAGGACGUCCCAAGCAAAGGCAAAGAAAAUCCAUUAGCAUCUCAAGCAAAAAACAAAGUUGCAGAGCAAGCAGACCGGGAACUUUUCAUACCAGGAACCGGAUUGUGCAUCCAAGGAACAAAACACGGUCUCAGCUCUGAGAAAUGUCAAACGCACUGCGAAGGACCUUCGGAAUCUGAACAGGAUUUAACUCUGAAUGGCUUCAGCUACAGUCACACGAGAAACUUUAGCUCUGGCCAGCCUAGUGUUGGGAAGACGGGGAAUUUGAAGUUUUCUAGAUACUUUAGGGGCUUGACCCUUAUUCCAAGAUCUCAUCCUGAUACAAUAUCGGGAGUGCACACACCAAAUAGACCAAUGAACACUUUCCUGCGUUUUAAAAGCCUCAGCAGCUAGUAUCUGGAAAAUACCGCAUUCUGGCUUUUCAGAUUGUAAAUUAUGUCAGGGCUACGUGAUGCUUGUGGGAUUCUGAUAUGUAUGUUUAGCAUUAAUAUAUAAAAAUUGGAAUAAAAAGUUUGUGUAGGCUCUUUCACACUAAA